CUGUCCCUUAAUUCUUUCUAUUGUAGGUCUUCUUGACAAAUGUUUAAUAAUCUGAAAUCUCUAGAGGUCCUUCCUUUGCUUCCGUUUCUCAGUUCUUGUGGUUAAUAAUCUUGUUAGGCAGGAGCACUCAGAACAAGUUGAUAAUAAGACAGCAUUGCAUCUUUAAUAUAGGAGGUUUAAAAAGAAAAACUAAUAAUACAGUUGGAAGGUAGCUUUUACAGCUAGGAGUUAGUUAGAUAAAAGGAGCCCUUUAAUAGGAAGCUCAGAAGAAAAAGGAGAGGGGGUUUUUGAGAUUUGAGAGACUUGUAAUUGGAAUAAUCCAGUGGAAAGGAGAGUCCUCAUUUGUAGAAAAUUUUGUACGUUUGGUGAAAUAAAGACGUUUUUAUCUUCUUUUCACUGUUAUUCUAUAAAAUAGAAAUAGUGCUGAUUCUUAACUAUUUUGGUCCAACCUCCUGAAUCUAAGUGGCAUAAUGGAAAAAAGUAGUGAGUGCUUUAGAGAGAUGAGUUGGUGAACAGAGGAAGGGGAUUGAAGACCUGAGAACAAACAUGACUCUAGUGAAAGAAAGCAUACUGAACAUGAGAGAAGUAAAGGCUUUACUUUUUGAAGGGUCCACAAGGAUGAAUAGCAAGGGCAAAACAAUUCUUUGAAAUACAAAAUGUCAAAAGGUCGGAAAAACUGCGCUUAGACCUCAUUAGCAUGGAAGAAAAUACUGAUCAUUGGUUCAAAUACUGGUGACCAAAUUGAAGAAUCCUUCUUAGAAGGAUGUUGCGUGAACACUGAUGGAGAUUUGGAGGCAGUGGACAAAGCACAAAUUUUGAGAGAUUUGCUACGAUAAGACAGACAAUGAGUGUGGAAGAUUUCAUUUAGGAAUUUGAAAUUUUUGUGUCUCAAGCAAAUCAGACAUUGUGGAAGAUCAAUUGAUGGGGUAUUUCCUCGCAGAACUGCAUUAGAAUAUGUGAAAAUAGUAUCAUUCGCAAGACCAAAAAGAUGUGAUUCAAGCCUGGAAAUUGCAUAAGACGUGAAGAAGGCUAUGAAGAGUACUACACAACUCAUCAGCUGACCUUUGUAUGAGGAACCUAAUUCAGGUUUUCUUUUCAAAGGUGGAACAUGAAUUGUGUCUCCAAUGGACACUCAAAGAAGCGUGCUUAGUGCACACUCAUCCAAUGAGUUUGAUGAACAUGGCAAGGGGUUAGGAAAUUGUUCUCUGGGUUGUCAAUGUGCCAAGCCUCCUUCGGGUCAGAUGAGGUCAGAGAUUAGAGAAGCCAUGAAUCUUUUAUAUCCUUAAUUCAUCAAGCGAAGGAGUUAUUCAUGUUACAAGGCACGAAAUUGAGGAUGAGUAGGCACUAUCAUCCACAAUACCGAGACUGAAUAGGAUCUUAGCAUUUUGUUGUGAGCAACCUAAAAUUUUGGGUAGAAUUUGUCACAGUGAUUGUCGAGUCCGCCGCUUGUCCGCCGUCUUCCGCCACUGUCCGCCGUGCCGUCCACUGCCGCCGCCAGCGUGUCUACUCCGGCGAAGUCAGGGUUAGUGCGCCUCAAGGAGCGCAACCCAUCCCCGCAAGUCACGUCCCCAGAAUCCUCCGCACGCGCCACCACGCGCCGCCACUCUCCGGCGGCCUUCAAGCGUGUGUUCACCACGCGCCGCCUUCCUGGCUCCGGAAUUGCGCCGCGCCACUGUCGUUCGACUCGUCGGAGCCUCCUGGGUCUAUUUGUGCUCUUGUUUUUCUGUUUCGGUGGCCAUAGCUUGUACCUAGGGUUUCUUCUCAAAAGUUAAGUUUGUUUUAAUGGCUUCUACGACUGCUGGAAUGACUCCUUCUCUAUUAGCUACUCCUAUUAUUACUUCUGGAAAACUGAACUGGAAAAAUUACUCCUCUUGGUCAGCUUCGGUGGAGUUGUGGUUUCUUGGUCAAGGCUAUCAUGGUCAUCUUGAAAAAGAGGUCUCUACUAUUUCAGAGGAAAAGAAACCUAAGUGGUAGAAAUUGGAUUUUCAGUUGUGUGCUGUUUUAUGGCAAUCGGUUGAGCAAGGGGUCUUGGACAUUUUGAGACCUUACAAGACAUGCUUCUCUUUUUGGAAAAGGGCACAAGACAUUUUUGCUAACGACAUUCAGCACCUCUUUGAUGCAACUCAAAGAGUAGCCUCACUCAAGCAAAUGAAUCAUGAUAUGGUUUCUCAUAUAGGAAAGGCUAGGGCUGCAGUAGAAGAAUUGAAGAGUUUUUUUGUGGCUGAUUCAUUAGACGAUAUCAACAAAAAAACUUGAUAAGUUUUACAUGGUCUUAAUUUUGAGGAGCCUGCACUCGACUUUUGAUCAUGUGUGUGAUCAAGUUUUAGCUGGUGAUCAAAUUCCUUCAAUGGACAACUUAGUUACUAGACUUCUUCGUGUACCUACAUUGGUCAAAGAUGAAAGUUCAACUGAUGUUUUUGAAACUUCAGCAACGGUAGCACCACGAGGAAGAGGAGGAGGUCGAAGCAACCGUGGAGGACGUGGUGGUCGAAGUGGGCGUCCUCAAUGCUCAUAUUGUAAUAGAAUGGGCCAUACCCAAGACAAGUAUUAUUCCUUACAUGGUUUUCCUGAUAAAGCUGCUCAUGUGUCCAAGUCUGAUCACUCAGAAUCUAGAUUUUCUGAUGAAGAGUACCAAGAAUUUUUGAGGUACAAAUCUGAGAAAUCCAACAAUCCUGGCCCAUCCUCUUCAAUGUCAACUGCAUGCAUUUCUCAAUCUGUGGAAGGUCUUAGUCCAUGGAUUUUUGAUUCAGGUGCCUCCGAUCAUGUCUCUGGAACAUGGUACGGGUCGUCUGAUUGGAGAAGGACAUGAGUCACGGGGACUUUAUUUCCUAAAACCAAGCUCCUCGGUAUCCUGUUUUGCAACUUCAUCCCCAAAACUUUUGCAUGAUCGUUUGGGUCACCCAAGUUUGUCCAAGUUGAAGAUGAUGGUUCCAAGUCUCAAACACAUUCAAGCCUUAGAUUGUGAAUCGUGUCAGUUAGGAAAACAUGUUAGAUCUUCCUUCCUUAAAAAGUCUGAGACACGAUGUAAUUUUGCUUUUUCUACUAUUCAUUUUGAUGUUUGGGGACCAAGUCGUGUCACUUCUUUUGGUUUUAACUAUUUUGUAACGUUCAUUGAUGAAUUCCCUCGUUGUACUUGGGUUUAUCUAAUGAAAGAAAGAUCUGAACUUUUAUCCAUAUUUGUGUUCUUCUUUAAUGAAAUUAAAAACCAAUUUGGGAAGACAAUUAAAAUUCUCAGAAGUGAUAAUGCUAAGGAAUAUUUUUCUGCUGCGUUUUUCUCAUUUUUAUCUUCCCAUGGAAUUUUACAUCAGUCAAUAUGUCCUCACACUCCACAACAAAAUGGCAUAGCCGAAAGAAAGAAUAGACACCUUAUCGAAACUGCACGCUCUCUAAUGUUGAAUACUAAUGUUCCUGUUCAUCAUUGGGGAGAUGCAGUCCUCACUGCUUGUUUUCUAAUCAAUAGGAUGCCUUCUUCUUCUAUUGAAAAUAAAGUUCCUCACUCGAUAAUUUUUCUAAAUGAUCCUUUGUAUCGUGUCUCUCCACGUGUGUUUGGAUGUACUUGUUUUGUUCAUAAUGUCUCUCUAGGUCUUGAUAAACUUUCUGCAAAGGCUAUUAAGUGUGUCUUUUUGGGAUAUUCUCGCCUUCAGAAAGGGUAUAAAUGUUAUUCUCCCUCAACCAAAAGGUAGUAUAUGUUUGCUGAUAUUACAUUCUUUGAGGACACACCUUUUUUCUUAUCCUCCAUGGAGGAGAGUUCAUCUGUUCAACAGGUCCUUCCUUUACCAUCUUGUGAUCCCUUGGUUAUCCAUGAAACUCAACCUCUCACUCAAAAUGGCAAUGACAUUGUUCAACCAUCUCUUCUCACAUAUCAGCGCUGCACUCCAAGGACUCCUUCCUUGCCUGAAGACCCCUGGGACUCAAAUCCUUCUCCACCAGAUUCUCGAAUCAUGGAUCCUUCAUCCUCUUCGUCUUCUCUUGACUCCGAUCAUACUUGGCCAAUUGCCCUUCGAAAAAGGUAUUCGCUCUACUCGUAAUCCACAUCCUAUUUAUAAUUUUUUGAGUUAUCAUCGUUUGUCUCCUCCAUAUUUCUCUUUUGUUUCCUCCUUGUCUACCAUUAAGGUUCCUAAGAAUGUUGAUGAGGCACUUGGUCAUCCUGGAUGGCGACAAGCCAUGAUUGAUGAAAUGCAGGCAUUUGAACACAGUGGGACUUGGGAACUUGUCUCUCUUCCUCCUGAUAAGAAGCCUGUGGGUGUAGAUGGGUCUAUGCUAUUAAGGUUGGUCCUACUGGUGCUGUAGAUCGACUCAAAGCCCGUCUCGUAGCUAAGGGGUAUACUCAGGUUUAUGGCCUUGACUACUGUGAUACUUUUUUCUCCUAUGGCUAAAACCAGUUAUGUUCGUCUUUUCCUUGCUAUGGCUGCCAUUCGCCAAUGGCCUCUGUAUCAGUUGGACAUUAAAAAUGCCUUUCUUCAUGGUGAUCUGGAAGAGGAGAUAUACAUGGAGCAACCUCCUGGGUUUGUUGCUCAGGGGGAGUCGGGGUUAGUUUGUAAGUUACAUCGUUCUUUCUAUGGCUUGAAGCAAUCUCCUCGAGCUUGGUUUGGUAAAUUUAGUCGUGUUGUGCAGAAUUUUGGAUUGAAACGUUGUGAAGCGGAUCAUUCAGUAUUUUAUGGUCAUACUUCUCCUGACAAAUGUGUUUAUCUUAUGGUUUAUGUUGAUGAUAUUGUUAUCACAGGAAAUGAUAUCACUAGAAUUGCUCAAUUGAAGAACCAUUUGUUUAGCCACUUUCAGACCAAAGACCUGGGUCGUCUUAAAUAUUUCCUUGGCAUUGAAGUGCCACAAUCAAAAGAAGGUGUCAUCAUUGCACAGAGAAAAUAUGCUCUUGAUAUUUUGGAGGAAACAGGCCUGACAAAUUGCAAGCCCAUUGAUAGCCCCAUGGACUCAAAUCAAAAGUUAACAAGAGAUCAAGGUGAACUUUUCUCAGAUCCAAAGAGAUAUAGAAGGUUGGUUGGAAAACUCAUCUACCUUACUAUAACAAGACCUGAUCUUUCUUAUCCAGUGGGAGUUGUAAGUCAAUUUAUGCAAAAUCCCCACAUUGAUCAUUGGAAUGCUGUGAUUCGCAUUCUCAGAUAUGUAAAAGGGAACCCAAGACAAGGAUUGUUGUAUGAGAACAAGAGAAGUACUCAAGUUGUAGCGUAUUGUGAUGCAGAUUGGGCUGGUUGUCCAAUUGAUAGAAGAUCUACCACAGGGUAUUGUGUAUUCCUUGGAGGGAACCUUGUUUCUUGGAAAAGUAAAAAACAAAGUGUUGUUGCUCGAUCUAGUGCAGAGGCGGAAUAUCGAUCUAUGGCUCUAGCUACAUGUGAACUAGUGUGGAUUAAACAACUCCUUUAAGAGUUGAAAUUUUGUGAAAAUGAGCAGAUGAAGUUAUGUUGUGACAAUCAAGCAGCCCUUCACAUUGCCUCCAAUCCGGUGUUUCAUGAGAGAACAAAGCAUAUAGAAAUUGAUUGUCAUUUUGUUAGAGAGAAAUUACUAUCCAAGGAUCUUGUUACUGAGUUUGUCAUCUCUAAUGAACAACUUGCAGACAUUCUAACUAAAUCUUUAAGAGGGCCUAAAAUUCAAUUUAUAUGUUCCAAGCUUGGAGCAUAUGAUCUAUAUGCUCCAGCUUGAGGGGGAGUGUUGAAAUGUAAUGUUUUUUUAUUAUCAUGUAUGGGAUCCCUUCUUUAGGGUUAGGGUUAGGACUGAUGACUCUUUGUAUUCUGCCUAUUUUUUCUUAUAUAAACAAUGGUAAAACAGUAACAGUGAUAGUUUUUUCACUGUUUUCAUUUAUCUAAAACCUCUUCAAGUGAGACUUUGAGACAACUGAAGUUUCACUUGCAGAACAAGCUCAAAUGAUAAUUCAUACUAAAGUUCAUCGCAAACCUUCCAAGAUCAAACUAGGUGAUUUGAUGCAUCUAGAAAUUUGGCCACAUAGAUGGAGUUGUGUCUAACAAGCUUCAUCCCAAGCUGUCAACAUGUUACUAUGGAUCAUAUUUGGUUCUUAAGCAAUCAGUCUUUUAAAUUACAAUUCCUGCAUCAAGCUCAAAUGCAUCUUAUGUUCCUUGUAUCUCAGCUCAAAAAGGAAAUAGGGGAUCAUUGAGUGGAAGCUGCGCUUCCAUUAGAAUUUCAAGGACAUAUGUGUUAAUUCCGGCUUACAUUUUAGGCAUCGAACGAUCGGUAAAAAAUGAUGAACCAGUACAAGUGUCAGUGCAAUGGAAGGGAAAAACAUUUAAGGAAUCCACGUUGGAAUACUAUACCAAAUAGAUUUCUUGAUUCUAACCUUAAAGAAGUUAUUUCUGAGGGUGGUAUUGUUUGGCGAGUACAAGCACAGCAAGUUGAUAACUAGACAUGAUUGUAGGUUUAUUAUGGGAGGUUUAAAAGAAAAACUAAAAAUACAAUUAUAAGGUAGUUAGCGUAAAGCAGCCCUUUAAUAGAAAGCUUAGAGAGAAAAGAGGAGUGUUUUUGAGAUUUGAGAGACUUGUAAUUGAAAUGAUCUAGUGGAAAGGACAGUGUUUCUUGCUAACAUUUUUGGUAUGUUUGGUGAAAUAAAGAAGUUUUUCUUUUCAUUGUUCUUUGAAAAUAAUGUUAAUUUCUAACAAAAACACUUGCUUGAGUUACUAUCAGUUGAGGCAACAAGUCAUGUUCAUUGCUUCUCUUCCAUGACAACAUAGAUUGGUGGAUGUGCUUGGACAAACUUUUCCAUAAACACUUUUAAAAGAAUAAAAAAAUUAAAAUUAGUUUGUCCACGAGCUAACAUUAGCUUAUAAUAUAUAAGCUCAUUUUAGCUUACGGAGAACCUUAUUACAUUUGUUCUUAUUUUUCUCUCCUUGAAGUGCUUAACGGAGAAUCUUGUUCAGGCAAGCUUGAGGUCUAUUAUCAUAUAUAUUACAUUAUUUAAAAGGAAAGUGCUGCACUUUUGAAAAACCAAAUAAUUGCAAGAGUUUACUAAAAUAGAGUAUGAUCGACCUCUUUUGACAAAACUCAUUAUCCAGAUAGCUAAUAUGCGAAGGUUGGAUUUGCUAAUUUACAUAGAGACACGUCUUAGCUGCCCCUCAUCUGCUUGAUUGUCUUCACAGCUACCCAAAGAUUAU